AUGCAUUUGUUCAACGUCAUUACCUCUUUUGCUGUGCUCUCCACAGCUUCAGCGGCCGUCAUUCCUCGGAUACUGACGGACUUCAAACCCGAUGGAUGGAGCUCUAUGCCCCAAAUCACUCCAACCGUCGACACCAUCAGUGCAGACUUGACCAAUCUGGACAAAGCCAUCACAAAUCUCACCGACGUUCUUCAAAGCUCCUCCGGUGGCAUCAUCAAAGCAAUCUCCGACGUCUCCUCUGUCAUCUCCCACACCAUCUCGAUUCAGUCCGCCAACCGUCAGGCCAUGUUGGACGUACAGGAGCUUGACACUGUAUUCUCCGCCUCAGAUUCUUCGACCAUUAUCAACAAGCUCAAGGACGAUGUAUACCCCCACGCCAAAACGGCUCUUGAUUAUCUUGGACAAGCCAAAUCGGAAGGUCUCCUCAACACUUUGGCCUCGAAAUUCGCCGUCCUACCAUACCUCAAUGUUCUCAGCAGCGAAUACGACGGCUUCAGCACUGGGCUUCUCAAGUACAUCGACUCGGGCUCCCAGGCUGACGCCAAGACCGUCUUGGACAACAUCAAGAAUCUCUUGGCCAGCACCAUCUUGACCUACUCCGGUUGA